AUGAUCCGUGCGUUAGCACUUCUCUGUGCAUGUGCACUGAGCGUAGGCAGUCACUAUGCGCAGUACUUCCUCGGCCCGAUCAAGUCCCGCCUCUCGCGCGAAAUGGGCACCUCCAACGCCCAAUUCUCGCUUCUCAUCGCCUCCUUCAGCCUAAACAACACCUGGACGCCGCUGCUCGGUGGUCUCCUUACCGCCCGUCUAGGGACAGCCUGGUCGAGCGUGCUGGCCACUUCGCUCAUCUUCGUCGGCCAGCUCAUCCUCCUCCUGGGCGAUACGCUCGAAAGCGUGCGCCUGAUGAGCCUAGGCUUUUUCGUCUUCGGCCUGGGGAUAAGCCCGCUCGCAGUAGUCCAGGAAACGAUUAUCGUGCGGUUCUUUUCCUCGCACGGGCUCGGUAUCUCCCUCGCUCUCGGACUGCUGGCAGGCAAGGGCGCAAGCUUUGUCAGCGCCAUCACGAGUUUCCCUCUGUCGGAACGUUUUGGCCCUAGAGCACCGUUCGUCGUCGCUACCCUCCUAGCGGGGUUCUCGUUCGCUGUCAACCUCCUCUACCUAUCGUACAGCGCUUGGUUUGCCCGUUCCACAGGGGUAGGGCUGGAGGAAGGUGAAGCCCGCGCAGCGGCGAGGAAGGCUCAGGCUGCGUCGGAGACUGGGCUCAGCGCGGCGGAGAGGAUGAGCGAAGCGGAAGCGCUGCGCCGGAUUGAGAGGAAGCGGAGGGUCCGAUUCCGGAAUAUCGGGAAACUGGGGGACGUCUUCUGGGCUUAUGUCGGGAUUAACGUGCUGUGCGGCGCGAUAUGGGCGCCGUUCAUGCACCUCAGUGCGAACAUCAUCGAGCGCCGGUAUGGGCUCACAGAGGCUGACGCGGGAAGUCGCGCUAGCCUGUUGAUGGCAGGGAGCAUCUUCCUCUAUCCUAUUUGUGGUUAUCUCACCGACCGGCUAAAGACAGCAACAGUCGUGCAUAAGAUGUUCGUCCUCUCUUCUAUCCUCACCCUCGUAUGUUAUUCUUGGCUCGCCUUGCCCCCGGAAUGGACCAAAUCCCCCACUCCCGCGCUGGUAGCCUUCAGCGGCGGGCAUGGAUUUGCUACUCUAUUACUCGUGAUCAUCGUACCCCAUCUCGUGCCUAUCAAAUACGUCUCCUCCGCACUCGGAGUGCACAAAGCCCUCGAGCAAACCGGGUCCACCAUCUCCCAGACGCUUGCCGGUCUCCUGCUAGACAAAACCCGUUCCUCGACCCUGGACACGCCCAACAACCUGCAGGCGAUCUCCCUCCUCCUGCGGGCGUUCUUGGCCGUUAACGUCGUACAAUUAGUGUCGAUAUUGGGCAUGUGGAGGCUGCAGGACGAAGAACGGCCUGCCCAGCAAGAGGCACUCCACACCCGCACGUUCUCAGCCUCCUCCGCCCGGCCCCUGCUUUCCAAACCUUCACACCAUGUGCUCCCUCACGGAAAUAGGAAGCAUAUGAUGGCUCAUUCGCGGGUUGAGAAACGCCGAGGGGCGAUUUUCAUCCUUCUCAGUGGGCUCGCGAUCGUAGCUGCUUGGGUACUGUUUAUGGUCGUGGCGUGGGAGAAGCUGCAGGAUCGGGUUGCGAAGCGCUGA